UUUUGGAAACGCCUCCGGUUAUGUUAGACGCUGCUCUUUAGAAGACACUCCCCAUGUUGGCUUACACCCUCCGGCUUAAGAAAGAGCGUGUCGGCGAGCCGAGCAGCUCUAACAGGCUGCGGACAACCCUGAAAAAAACAGGUAGACCCGCUGUGCACGGCCAAUAUUCAGAGGAGGGUCUAAGAAGCAACAUACGCUCUGCUGUCCAGUCAGCAUGGGGGCUGUCAUUUCACGAUGGAGGACUAAGCCAUCCACUGUAGAGGUUUUGGAAGGAAUUGACAAGAAUAUACAGACGCUUGAGGACUACAGUAAGAAAUACCAAAGGCAGUUGAAGAUAUGGGUUGGACGACUGCUUCUUUACUCAUCUCUUCUCUACCUGAUGACAUGUGCGAUUGUGUAUUUCUGGUAUCUGCCUGAGCAGCUGAUGGAACGACUAGUUUUAUUUCUCCCCUUUCUUAUAUUUCCAUUGUUAGUGUGGCUACUUCGCAAAAUGCUUAUUGCUCUGUUUUCACAAAGAACAAAAAAAACCAGUGAAAAGCUGGAGGAACUUAAAUCCCAAAAAAGGAAAAUACUUGAAGAAGUUAUGGAAACUGAGACUUACAAAAAUGCUAAAAUGAUUCUGGAGAGAUUUGAUCCAGAUUCCAAGAGAAAAAUUGAGCUGGAAUCCACUCCAAUUGGACCUCAAAUGGCUCCAAAACCAGGACAAGAGCUCCGCCAGCGCAGUGUCCCAAGCACCCCAGUGGCGGGGUACCCUGCAAGCAGCGCUGGUGCUCGUCCUCCUCUUGCCGCAGGGCCUAGUAUCUCUGGGCGAUCUUCCCACUCUGCUCCUGGUGGACCCCCAGAGAGGGGCCUGUCAGCUAUAGCUGCUCAGCAGAGCUUGAUGAGGAAGUCUGUGACCCCUGGAACACCUGUUCCAGGAAUUGGGUUGCACCCUCCAGGGCCACCUUUGGUCAGACCUGUGCUCCCAAGAGAAAGAGGUGCUGUGGACAGAGUCAUUGAAUAUCUUGUUGGUGAUGGUCCUCAGAAUAGAUACGCCCUCAUAUGUCAGCAGUGUGAGUCCCAUAACGGCAUGGCAUUAAAAGAGGAAUUUGAAUAUGUUGCCUUCAGGUGCGCAUAUUGUUUUUUCUUAAACCCUGCAAGAAAGACUAGACCUCAGGCACCCCGACUCCCGGAGAUCACAGCUGAACGGAAUAUGGUGUCUGAAGCACACUUGACAUCAUCUAAUACUGGCAUAGCAGACAACCAACCUAUUUUAGGACAAGCGGAUGUUGAGGAUGUUUCUGCUGAAAAGGAUGUGAAAGAACCAGGACCUCCGUCCACAGAACACAGCUCUGCAUCAGAUGAGGAAAGCACGCCCGUGUCCCAAAACUUGCCCUCCGAGACAUCUGAGGGAGAGCACGACUCGGAAGUACACGAGUAAAUUCAAAGUGAGUCAGGCUUGAACUUUUUGUUCCCUGAGAAGAACUAGGACAACGGUAAAUGUGUAAAGGCACCUUGACACUUGCACAAACUUGGUCCCCGCACUGCAGCGCAAUUCGUCAUGCCAAUGUGACCUGCUUUGUCUCGUUUGACACCACGCCUAUGUAAAAUAAUCAUUUUGUAGCUGAUGACGGAGAAAUUAUCUACAGCUGCAGGUUGGCUCGUGCGCAUCGUGCGGUGGAAUGCGUUUCGAAUCUUGACUCAAAGGUAAUUAUUUAUAAUAUUUAUACUGUAAUGGAUUGGUAAAACAGUUGUAUUUUCAUUCCUUCUUAUGAGUUAGAUAAUGUAUCUGUAAAGUUAUGUUUACUAUAGAUGUAACAUCUUGUCAUAAUUGUUCAGAUGCCCUGCACGCAGUUAAAUGCAUUGACACGCAGUGUUUUUGAAUGGGUUGCACAACUUUCGUGAAAUGAAUGCGUGUUUUUUUUUUUUUUUUUUAAUUUUCUUUGCGCACUGUCACACAGCCGCACACAGGUCACGCACAGUUAGCAACAGUUUAUGGUAAGUUUACUCUCUGGCACGCAAGAUUGCGUGCCAGUGCAGGAAUCAAAUCUGUGAACGUGUCAAGGUAUCUUUAAUAAGUGCCGUAAGUUGAAAUGGCACAUUAACAAAAUCUGAUUUUCAUCUUACAGUCCUUUCUUGUGAAUUUUUUGAAAUUAGUUUUUAUUGUUUACGCUACAGAUACUAAAUUGCCUGCCUAGCACUAGCAUGUGGUAGCUACCGCCAAACGAUCCCAUUUAGUUCAAGUACAUUUACAGGUCAAGACUGUUUUUCAGAAUAUGGGGGAAAAAAAUCUAAUGAAUUCGUAACAUAUUUGUGUGUUUGUUUUUUGUGAUAUUGGAAUAUUUCUGCCCUUAAAACAUUCAGUCUCUGUUAUUCUGCAAAGACACAAAUAUUUUGGGAAAAAAUAUUAUUUCUAGAUAUUUUUUUUUCUAUGCCGCCGUGCCUUACAGAUAGUGGUGAGCUCUUUAACGCUGUAGUACGAGCAUGUUUACACAACCAUGGUACCAUAAUAUGAAUACAUACAGUAUAUAUUUAUUAAAACAGAUGAAAUUAGUUUUGUUAGUACUUUGAGUGCCUUUUAUAUUUUAACUCCCAGCCUAAGACUGUUGUAAACUUGACAAAGUGUACAGACAGUUAUUUAACCACUUCCAGUGUUAAAUGACAGUAUUUGUUUGCAGACUGAAUUCUUGUUUUGUCUAAAUAAUAUUAAAUAAACAUCUUGAGAAAAUGGGA